CCCGCCGGGCAUGCCGCAUUCCUCGCCCCAGAACAAGCCCAACUACAACGUGAGCUUCUCAGCCAUGCCGGGAGCACAGAACGAGCGUGGAAAAGGGCCACCGAAUGCUGAUUCAAAACCAAAAGUGUCUGCAGACUUUGAAGAUUUGUUAUCUGGUCAAGGUUUCAAUGCUCACAAAGACAAGAAAGGACCCAAAACAAUAGCUGAGAUGAGAAAAGAAGAAAUGGCUAAGGAGAUGGACCCGGAGAAAUUAAAAGUCCUAGAAUGGAUUGAGGGGAAGGAGAGAAAUAUUAGAGCCCUGCUGUCCACAAUGCAUACUGUCCUGUGGGCAGGGGAGACCAAGUGGAAGCCCGUUAGCAUGGCAGAUCUAGUAACGCCAGAGCAGGUGAAGAAGGUCUACCGGAGGGCAGUCCUUGUCGUUCAUCCUGACAAGGCUACAGGGCAGCCGUAUGAACAAUAUGCAAAGAUGAUAUUUAUGGAACUAAAUGAUGCCUGGUCGGAAUUUGAAAACCAAGGGCAAAAACCCUUGUAUUAGGUAUUUUAUCAGUUUCCACAGCAGACCUCUGCUAGUGCUUGUAUCGUCUCCUGUCACAAAUGUCACAGAUCAACCAAACUCGGGUGGAAAUUCAGAUGUUUCAAAAAAUUAUGAACCUAAUAUUUAUCAUGAAGAACAAGACAAAGGUUUCCUUAUGCUUGUAUCAAGAAUCUUGUGCUCAGAGGAACUCUAGCCAUGUGGCUUGCCAUGUGGGAGCCACGGGGUUACAGUUUCUUGUAACUUUUUUUCCCCCUCCCUGUAGAUUCAAGUGGGGUGUGAGAGAACAUAUUCUGGAAAAGGCAGAAUUGUUUUGUCUCUGACACUGUGUAGCUGCUGAAUUUUCUACUAUUUUGUGAAUUGUGAAAUGGCGACACUUCAGUUGAAUUCACUCACUGGUGGUGGAAGCCCAAACUCUGAUGUGCUUUCUUCCUGGGUUUGGAUCAAACUGUAUCAAAUUUAAGUGCUCAGACCUGGUUUAGACACACUUCUAACAGUCACCAUUUGCUGCUCAACACAGUAUGCCUGAAUAGAGACGAAGCAGAAUCCUGGGUAGAUCAGUGUGGCAGCUUAUUGCUGCUUUAUGCAUUAAUACUGUACUUCACCUCACAGUCCAGCAGUGAAACAUGCAGAAGAAAUUCCACAGCACAGUGUCUUUAAAGCAAGCAACAAGUAUAUGAUGUUAAACGACACGUUGUUGGUUUGUUAAACAGACAGUUUUGGGAA